GACGUCAUGAUUAGGCUGCCUUCUACUCUGGGAAUCGGAUCUAGCCUCAACCCUGGGAAUACGGGUCCACGUUAAUAAUCGGUCCUGGCGAUACUAGCCUUACUGUCAGCCGCACAGUGCCGGAGCUAGCUCACGUCACGUGGCGCUCUUUGUCCCAGCAGCAAGCCCAGAACCGGCUCCCAGCCACCGGGGUGUCCUCCCUACCCAGACCGGCAGCAGCGUGUACAGUGCCCGCCCAGGACAUGCUAGCCAACUGCAGAGGGCGGCGGCGGAGAAGAGAGCCGGAGGAGCUGGGGGGCUGUGCGCCGGGUACCCAUACGGAGCAGGGAUGUGCACUCUCCGGGAAGGAAGAGGAGGAGGAGCUGGAGAUCAGCGUGUACACCGAGAGGCGGCAGCGCAAGAGCCCGGAGGAGGAGGAGAGGCUGGAGCGGGAGCACUUCUGGAAGAUCAUCAACACCUUCUCCUGCUACGGAACUCACAUCCAUGAGCGUGUUAAUCGUGCGGAAAGGCAAUUUUUGUCUCUGGCAAAAAGUCAACAAAAAAUGGUCCCUCAUUUCCAUUCUAACCUGGACAGGAUUCGCAAGUGUGCCAAUCACAACCAGGAGAUCCUGGAGAUGAUUGUGAAUGAUUGCACAAACAUGUUUGAGAACAAGGAAUACGGCAGCAAUGGUCACAGAAAAACCAACCCUGUAUCCACCUUUGACAUGGACAAGCUGAAGUCUACGAUAAAGCAGUUUGUUCGUGAUUGGAGUGAAGAAGGCAAGUCGGAGAGAGAUGCUUGUUAUCAGCCUAUCGUUGAUGAGAUUCUGAAGUCUUUUCCUAAAGAUAAAGGUGAUGUCUCUCAAGUUAAUGUCUUAGUGCCUGGUGCAGGACUUGGUAGGCUCGCUUGGGAAAUUGCAAAACAUGGGUAUUCUUGCCAAGGAAAUGAAUGGAGCUUUUUCAUGCUUUUCUCUUCUAAUUUUGUACUUAAUAGAUGUUCCCAAAUUAAUGCUUUUAAACUUUAUCCUUGGAUCCAUCAGUUUAGCAACAACGUGAGAUCAGUAGAUCAAGUAAGACCUGUUUACUUUCCCGAUGUCAAUCCUCACGACCUCCCAUCCAAUGCAAAUUUUUCCAUGACUGCAGGAGACUUCCAGGAAAUUUAUUCCGAGACCAGUUCUUGGGACUGCAUAGCAACAAGCUUCUUUAUAGACACUGCACAUAAUAUUCUUGACUAUGUCGAGACAAUCUGGAAAAUACUGAAACCAGGUGGCAUGUGGAUUAAUUUAGGACCUCUUCUGUAUCAUUUUGAAAACUUGGCAAAUGAACUUUCUAUAGAACUGAGCUAUGAAGAUCUGAAAAAUGUUAUUGUACAGUAUGGAUUUCUCAUAGAGGCUGAGCGAGAAACUGUGACCACUACAUACACUGUGAAUAGUUUGUCAAUGAUGAAAUACUACUACGAUUGUAUAUUCUUUGUGGCUCGCAAGCCUGAAUAGUGCUUGAUCUUCAAAGCUUAUGAACUACAGAAGACAAUGAGAAGAGCAACCUGAAACUGGCUUCGUAAAUAGUCAUAAAAUAAACUUGAAACAAUGGUGCCUUUUUUUUUUUUUUUUUUCAAUAGGCGACUGCUUUUCAAACAAAUUAUUUAUUUCCUGACAGUUAUACCAACACUAUUGAAGAAAAACCGGUCUACCCUUGUAUAGAAAAUCAAUGAUUUUAAACAAGUUAGCCUUUUCGUAUGCAUAUAUUCAUUUCAUCAAAUGCAACAUUUUAUAUGUUUUUCCCCUUUGCCUGAGAUUAUGUGGUAUAGUGCCAUUUAUGUUUAAAGUGGACUUGUCAGGUGGUUGGCAUAAGGAAUUUGUAUUUUUUUUCAAGUUCUGGCAUAAGCAGUGCAUGAUAAAGAGAUGCAAUACAUUUUAUAUGGUUUAAGCCCAUGGGCUGUUAGUGGAGAGACAAAACGUAAUGUCCGCUCUAUUUUGCAGAACUGUUCCUGGUGACUGGAGCUUGACAGGUAAGGAAAUAUAAAUGCAUCUGUUCUAUUUUGUAUGCAGAUCUGAAAGUUAAUUUCCACUUACACAGAAGUUUUCAUUUUUAUAUACCUCAGUGCUUUUGCAGUUAAGAACAGAAUCCGUAAAUGUUUUGUUUUCUUUCACUAUAAAAAGAAGUUUUAUAUGUAACCGUAUUUGUACAUAGUAAAUACAUUAUUUCAUGAAGGUGUUCUAAUUGAGUGUAAGAGCCUUUUGAAAAUCUAUUGGUAUAGAUUAGCCAAAAUGACUUGUGUCGGAGUGUUUUUGCAUGCACAUGGAGAGCUUUGUUUCAUGCUAGAGUAUUUGGCAGAUGUGAUCCCUGAUUGGGUCCCUUGCGUUCUGAAUAAAUGACACCCAAAUUACACAGAAUACAUAUUGCUAAUUAAUUUUAACAUAAAACCUAUAAUGCGUUCAUGUGGUAUUUUAAAUUAAUCACACAUGGAAACACAGGAAUUAAUGAUCUCCAUGACCAUUUCCAUUUCUACAUGUUCUUUUAGAAGGACCUACGGUUUUCUAGCAGGUUUUUCGGCUAGCUACCAGCUGACUUAAUAUCAUGAGUCUUUUGUGCUAGUAAAAGAAGGUUAACUGGUAUGACAGUGAGACCUAUUGGUUUCUAGAACCUAUGCAGAAUUGCAGUAAGAGUUGGGGUAAAACAGUAGCAUCUUUUGAGGUCUGCCUGCUAUAAGUUGCAUUUACUGCAAGCUUUGGGAGUAUUCUGAACUGACCCCUCCAUCACCUCAAGUGCUGGCAUUGCUGCACACCAUUGCAUUUGACAUGCGGAGUCGCUGGUAUUUUACGGAUGCUGGUGGGUUACCACCCUUAAAGCACAUGUGAGGGAUCAGGCUUUGUUUUUACUGUUUGUAAAAUUCAGAAAUGUAAUUAAUCUGUUAUCAAGAGAAGUCUUUAACAAGCCUUUAUAAUUGAAUUUUUGUUCAUGUCUUUUUAAUGUUAGGAUUUAAUGUAUCAAGGUAUAACGGCAGCAGUUGGAUGGGUAGUCUGCUUCACAUGUAACCCCCGUGGACCGGGUGCUGGUUUCCCAGUCAUAUGACUAGAUUUCUGUGCCAACAUCAACAUCCCAUCUUUUUACACGAGUCCUUGCUUUCUGUAUACAUAAAGUUUUGCACAGUACUGUACAUGACAUGUAGUUUCAGGCAGGCGUGGAAAAAAUGCAGCAAAGUAAGAAUGCUUUCAAAAAUAGUUUUUUCAAUCAAUUAACAAUGCAAUGUGAAUGAACAGAAGAGAAAUGAAAUCAAUAUUUGUUGUGACCGCCCCUUGGCCUACAAAACGGCAUCAAUUCUUCAAGGUACACUUGCAACCAGUUUUUGAAGGGAGGUUGUUCCAAACGUCUUGGAGAACUAACCAGAGAUCUUAUGUGGAUGUAGGCUUGCUCAAAUCCUUGUGUCUCGUCAUGUACUCCCAGACAGACUUGAUGUUGAGAUCAGAGCUCUGUGGCAGCUAUAUCACCACUCCAGGGCUCCUUGUUCUUAUUUAUUCUGAAGAUAGUUCUUAAUGACAUUAGCUGUAUGUUUGGGGUCUUUGUCCUGCUGCAGAAUAAAUUUGUAUCUAAUCAGACGUCUCCCUAAUAGAUAUUGUAUGAUUGAUAAGUAUCUGCAAAAGGUGGUCGCACCAAAUAUUUACUUUUUUAUUUUUGUACAUUCACUUUGCAUUUUGAUAUUUGUAAUGCUUCUAUUUUGAAAGCAUUGAAUCUUUGUAGCAUUUUCUCCACACACAAUUUUUGCACAGUACUGUAUCUAAAUGCUAUUUAAGGGCAUGAGAUGAGAGGCUUCUAAUCAGUAUAAGGAAAAUUGGGCUCUACCAUGUUACAUUCUAGUUGUUAGUCUUAUUUGCUUUAUAAGUUGACCCAACAUUGUCUUUACAUGCUCACACAUGAUGUUCCCCUGCGGCUGUGCACUUACAGCACAGAAAUGUUUUUUAUAUUUCUGGCACAAGAAUAUAGCCCAAUAAUAAUUUGAUACAAUGUAUGUUUGUAGCCCUUAUUAUUGUACUCUGAAAUUGUAAAUUAAAGAUAAUGUGGACUUUU